UGAGGGGAGGGAUCGUGAGGUCGCCCUGUAAUCCUGUGGUGUGCAGAGCCGACCGCUGCUAAGGUGACAUGUAGGGCUUUCCUUCUGAAACAACCUUUACGUGGAUCCUUACCUCUCCUCAACCACUUUUUCACUCAUUCUAGCAAGCUCACACACCAGCCUGUGCUAGGGGGAAUGCCAGAUCUGGUCCAUGAUGUGGCCUUGCCCAAAAGUGUACAAAGGACAGUGAUAAUCUGUGAUAAGCCAGAGACAUUUCUCAGACUCUGAAAACCAGUCAAUACUCUGUGGAGACGACACAUUGUGGAACCUAGCACUCGCGGCAGAGAGAGGAAGCAGGGCCUGAGAGACUGCAGAGGAUUAUGCUGAUAUAGCCCACGGUGUCCUGUGCUUAGUGCUGUCCUACGCUUCUGACCUGCUCUUCCUGUGCUGAGCAAAGCAUGGACGACCCGUACCAAAAUAACGUGCCCCAACAGCAGGAGGGCGGCGGUGAGACCUACCCCAAUUAUGGCGAGGGCCAGGGCCAGGCCGAUGGCUAUGGCUACCAGUCGGACUACCCGCAGCAGGACGAGGACGCCCGCAGCGAUGCCACCGAGGGCGGAGAGGGUGAGGAACAGAUGUAUGAGGGCGAGUACCAGAAUGUGCCCCACCCGGACGAGAUCAAGGCGGCACGUCGGGCGGCACGGGCGGAGGCCAGGCGGAAGGCCAAGGAGGCAGACCUGGAGGGAGAAGAGGAGGAGCUGCCGGAGCAGUACGAAUGUAUCAUGGAGGACUGCGGCCACGGACGCUUCCAGUGGCAGCUCUUCACCGUGCUCGGCCUCGCACUCAUGGGGGAUGGCGUUGAGUGCUUUGUGGUCGGCUUUGUGCUGCCCAGCGCCGAGAAGGACAUGUGCCUAUCCAACGCGGAAAAGGGCAUGCUGGGUUUGUUAGUGUACGUCGCGAUGAUGGUGGGCGCGGUGGUAUGGGGAGGCCUGGCGGAUAAACUGGGCCGACGGCAGUGCCUACUUUAUGCGCUGACAAUCAACUGCAUCUUCUCCUUCCUCUCCUCCUUCGCACAAGGAUAUGGCUUCUUCCUCUUCUUCAGGAUGUGUGCCGGCAUAGGCAUCGGGGGUUCGAUUCCCAUCGUGUACGCAUACUUCUCUGAGUUCCUGCAGAUGGACAAGCGCGGGGAGCACCUGAGCUGGCUCUGCAUGUUCUGGAUGUGCGGGGGCCUCUACGCCUCCUUCACCGCCUGGGGGAUCAUCCCUCACUACGGCUGGGGCUUCAGCAUUGGCACUGAGAUCCAGUUCCACAGCUGGCGUGUGUAUGUGCUGGUCACCCUGCUGCCCUCGCUCGCUGCCCUGGUCGGACUGUUCUUCAUGCCCGAGAGCCCACGAUACCUCCUGGAGAACGGGCGUCACGACGAGGCCUGGAUGAUCCUGAGAAACAUGCACGACACCAACUGGAGAGCCAAGGGCGAGCCAGAGAGAGUCUUUGCCGUGUCCCAGAUCAAGACACCUGAGACGCAGGAUGAUGAGUUCAUAGAGAUCCAGAGUGCGACAGGCACGGCCUUCCAGAGGUUCACCGUCAGACAUGUGACCCUCAUCAAGCAGGUGAUGAAAAACGUUAUGUCGCUGACGGCUCCUGAGCUGCGUCUGACUGCACUGUUCUUGGCUAUCAUCUGGUUCACGAUGUCCUUCAGCUACACAGGACUCUCAGUGUGGUUUCCUGACAUGGUCAAGAUGAUGCAGUUUGAGGAGUACGAGUCCAAGACCAAGUUGUUCCACAGAGAGAAAGUGGAGCGCUUCCACUUCAACUUCACCCUGGCCAACCAGCUCCACAAGGAGGGAGAGUACCUCCACGACCGGUUUACCAAUAUCGAGAUGAAGUCAGUGAAGUUUGAGGACUCCCUGUUUGAAAACUGUUAUUUCGAAGACGUCAGAUCUACUUCCACUUACUUUGAGAACUGCACAAUCAAGAAUACUGUCUUCUAUAACACUGAUUUGUGGAAAGAGAAGUUUAUUGACUGCAAAAUGCAUAACAACACGUUCAUGCAUCCGAAGAAAGGGUGCCACUUGAACUUCCAGGAAGAGAAUGACAUCCUCAUCUACAUGGUCAGUUUCCUUGGCAGCUUGGCUGUGUUGCCUGGCAACAUCGUAUCAGCACUCUUCAUGGACAAGUUUGGGAGAAUCAAAAUUAUAGGUGCCUCCAUGCUGGCCUCGGCGAUCUGUUCGUUCUUCCUCUUCGUGUGCUUCAACCAGGGAUCGCUCAUCUUCUUCCAGUGCCUCUUCUUCGCCAUCAGCGUGGCUGCAUGGAACGGGAUAGAGGUCAUCACAGUAGAGAUCUUCCCAUCAGCAAAGAGGGGCACGGCGUUUGGGGUGCUGAGUGCCAUUAGUAAAUUCGCCGCCAUCCUCAGCAGCUUCAUCUUCGGGAAGUUCGUGAACAUCACACGGAUAAUUCCCAUCAUCCUCUCCUUCGCCUCCCUGGUGUGCGGCGGCCUGCUGUCUCAGAAGCUUCCGGAAACCCGGGAGUUACUCCUUCAGUGAAACGCCAAAAAACCUCUCCAACAUGAAGGCCUAGUUAUGACAAAGUACUGAAUGUCUGUGUCUGUGUAUGGUUGUGUGCGUGAGUGUGUGUGUGUGUGUGUCUGUGUGUGUGUGUGUAUGUGUGUGUGGGUGUGUGUGUGUGUGUGUGUGUGUGUGUGUGUGUGUGUGUGUGUGGUUGUGUGUUCCUCUGGGCACGUAACUUCUGUGGCAGAGGCCUCUGUAACUGAAGGCUUGAAGUAAGAGGAUGCACUGCGAGAUUUCUUAUGGUGCCCUUGCUGCUGUCAUGUCACUGGAUCCAAAACACCAUAGGUGUCAUUGUUCAAAUGUCUGAUUUGAUGUACUGAGUGCACCCAAGGCUGACGGAGACCUAGAGCAGCUUGGAGUCUGUCGGGCUUCUUAAAUUUCAAAGCCUUGUUUGGGUUUGUAGCAGUCAGUAAAGCGGUGAAGUUGUUUUGAGGGCAAGGAUCAUGUGGCUGCAACUGCUGUGUAUGACAGUCAAUAAGAAUCACAAAUUCCACGCCUUCCAUGGUAACAAAGUUUACUCUUCUGUAAAAAAAAAAAAAAAAAACAUGGUCCUGGUCUAGGUAGAACACAGGGCAUUGGAACGGAAAAGUACUGAUAUUUAAAAAUAGAUUUAUAUAUUUACAGAUAAGGUCAUGAAGGUCAUCAGGUCAUGAAGGUCACUCUCCAUCCCUCCUAUCCUCUCUUUACUGUCUCCAGAAACCACUAGUACUCUCAUGGGCUCCUCUGUAACUGUGUUCAGUUCCUCUUCCUCAUGUGGUGGGAUGACAGUUUCCAUCACAGCUCUGCAAGCUAGUGAGGUUUGUGUAUAGUGUAAGUGUACCAGUGUUUCUGCUUUUGUCUUGUAUUUGUUUGUUUGCAGUAGGUUAUUUUAUCCCCUAGGAAUACGUUUAACUUUUAGCACAAUUAUUUCUGAUUUUAUAUAUGUGUUUUUCUUUCUGUCUUUCUGUCACCACUUCUUUCUUACUGUCUUCCUGUCUUUCUUUUCCACUUUUUUUCCUCUUUCCGUCUUUUUUUUUGCUCUAUCCCCGUUUCUGUCUCUUGUUAAAUCUCAAACUAAACAUCUAAUUUCAGGCAAUUCACACAUGGAUUUAACUACAUCAGUAUCCAGGAACCAUUUUUGUGAAAAACAAAAAAAAAACUUCCAAAUGAUUUAGCUUGAGUUGUUGUGUCUCUUGUUCUAAAUAGGCCUGUGAGUUGUAGCUGUAACAUAGUGGGCAGCCGAGGUGUUAUUUGCAAUAACACACUUUCUCAGAGGACCUCUGCUGUUGACCCAACGGGCAGAGCAGACUCUUCCUCUCCUUCACCAUGUCUUCAUCAAGUGUUUAUAUUACAAAUACUGAGUCCUACACGUGUACAAUUAUUCUUGACAAUCCGUUUCGUUUUGUUUCUUUUUGUUUUAGCAUUGGGAGCCAAAAUCAACAGCAAUCAUUCUCUUUUUGGCACAGUUUGAAAAAAAAAAUCUCAGACCCACAUGACUGGAGUUUAGCUUGGCCUUAGUGGGACAACACAGGCAGUUAUUUCAAGCGAAACUAUACCCAAACUAUCUUUAGGACUCCAUACGUCAGUCGUUCAGUGUAUGUAUGUUUUUUUGGCCUGCUGUUCGUGUCUAAACAACAAGUUAGGAAAUAUGUGUGGUUCAAAAGCUUGUUUUGAGACAAUGUUUUUUUUUAUAUAUAUAUAUAUUUGUUGUUCAAAAUGAGAGGGUACAGGAGACAAAAACAAGCGAGUUUUAUUUCUGUUUUGUUUUGUUUUGUGAUGGUUAAAGAAUUAAAAAAACAAAAUCACUGUGCUUGCGAUGUGUAUUGUUUCUAUCUCAAUCUUUCUUUCUUUCUUUCUUUCUUUCUGUCUCUCUUGUAUUGACAUAAUAAAGACAAUACUUCAAUCCUU